UGAAGGUCCGGCCGGGGACAAACUCCGUCGUUGUUUAGAUCCGCUUGGCAAAAAAAAAAAAGCCGUUUCUGGCAAACAUGGAGCGGGGUUCUGCAUGCGAAGCGGACCUCCAACCGGGGGAAGGACAGACUUCCGGAGCCAUCGAGGUGGAACAGAAGUUUCUUUUCGGGCCCAGCACCAUCGAGAAGUUAGCCGAGCUGGGGGCGAUCUUGGAAGGCCGCGUCUCUUUUCGCGACAGCUACUACGACGUCGCUGAUUGGUGCUUGACGCGAGAGGAUCACUGGCUGAGAGAACGCGAGGGGAUGGGUUGGGAGCUGAAAUGUCCCCCAGAUGUUGGGGUGGGUGGAAGCAAGGAGACCCCAUGUGUGGCAGAGACGGAUAACCAUCCGUCCGCUCCAGUUUUGCAACCACCGAGGGACAUUAGAUCUUCUCACGCGGCCACUCAGUACCGAGAAGUGACGUGUCCCCAAAAUAUCGUGACCCGCCUUUGUGGUUUAUUGGAGAGAGUCCCUGGACAGAACUGGACUUCUUGUGUGAACAAAGCAGUGAAAGAACUGGGCUUGGAGGUGUUUGCUAGUUUUGUGACCACGCGGCACAAAUACCGCGUGGGGGAUUUGCACGUGGAUCUCGACGAGGCGGAUUUCGGCUACGCCGUGGGCGAGGUGGAAGCCGUGGUCCAGCGGUUAGAAGACGUCCCUGAAGCUCUGGAGAAGAUACAGAAGUUUUGCAGGCAGCUAGGCUUGGAAGAAAAGACCGCCGUUCCUGGCAAGAUGUCGGUGUAUUUGCACAGAUUCAGACCGGCCCAAUACAAGGCCUUGACGGAGGUUGGAAUUGUGCGGAAAGUGAUAAAUGCAACAGAGCGACAGGAUGGAGAAGUCUGACGGGGCAAGAACCGGGAUGGAAUGAGAAGAGCUUCAUCUCCACACUACAGGGUAGUCCAGAAUUAUCUUAAAAUUAAAUCAAAUGAUCUUUAAAUUAAAAGAGCAAUUCAAAUAAACUGUCCUUUUCCUUCCAAAA